ACUGCUGAGGUGAGACGCUGAUAGAGAGGAGCACAAACUCAAGUGAAGUGGAGGUUUAAUCAAGGACGUGUUUGCUGGCAAAGUGGCAAAGUGGCAUCUGAGUGAGGGAGUCUUCUGCUUCUCUCUGCAGACACUGUGGACUUCAUACAAGGAACCGAGUCUGGCUUACUUCAUCCGGAUUCUAUCCUGCUCAAAACCAUGAGGACUAACGUGUGGAUUUACCAAGCUUUGGUGUGUGUUGUGGUCACUUUAAUGGACACAGGUUUUUGCCGAAGGACUCAUCAAUCGUUACAGAAGUAUGAAAAGACUGAGCAUCACAUGCUGGUUUGUACGGACUGUCCUCAGCGGACGAUGGUACGAAAAAGCCGAUCACAGGAACACUGUGCCCGCAAGUGCAAGAAGGUCAAGAAAAACUUCAGCUGCAGGGCUUUCAACUUUCAUCGGCACAACAGGAAAUGCCACUUGCUUCCCUUUGACCGUUUCACCCACGGUGCUCAGAAGCAGGCGAAUGCCAACUUUACUUUGUAUGAAAAAAAGGAUUAUAUAAGGGAGUGUAUCAUCGGCACCAAGGACAACUACAGAGGCAGGAGGUCAUGGACAAAGUCGAACAUCACUUGCCAAGCGUGGUCAGAUAACAACAUCAACGAACACACGUUUUACCCUGAUAGGUACCCAACUCAAGACCUGAGGGAGAACUUCUGUCGGAAUCCUAACAACGAUCCUGGUGGUCCGUGGUGCUACACCACUAACCCCAACGUACGGGCUGAGGAGUGUGGCAUACCCAAGUGCUCAGAGGAAGUCUGUAUGACAUGUAAUGGGGAAAAUUACCAGGGCAAAAUGGACCAUACAGAGAGUGGCAAAGAGUGCCAGCGAUGGGACUUGGCAAGGCCCCACAAACACCACUUCCAGCCCAAAAAGUAUCGGGACAAAGAUUUAAAGGACAACUACUGUCGUAACCUGGAUAAUCGUCUCCGUCCCUGGUGUUAUACCAUGGAUCCCAAAACUCCAUGGGAGUACUGCAACAUCACUGUGUGUGGUAAUGAUUCUGACUCAAGUGAGGACACAGAUGUCAAUGUAACUUCAUCCUGUGUCCAGGGAAAGGGCAGAGAUUACCGCGGCACGAUGAAUGUGACUCCAGAGGGGGUGACAUGUCAGCGCUGGGACUCCCAGUUUCCCCAUAACCACUCGUUUCUCCCUCAGAACUUCAAAUGCAAAGACCUGAGAGAGAACUACUGCCGUAACCCUGAUGGUGCAGCUUACCCAUGGUGCUUCACUACAGACCCCAACCAGAGGAUAGCCAACUGCACCCAUAUCCCCAGGUGUGAUGCUGACGCCACACAAAAAAUAGACUGUUAUGAAGACAAUGGAGAGGCAUACCGGGGCACUUUAUCCAUAACCCGAUCAGGGAUUCCAUGUGCAGAAUGGUCACAUCACAUAAAUAGUGGGGAUUCUCACUCUACAGAAUCACAUGUUGGGCUGGAGAAGAACUACUGCCGGAACCCAGACCGGGACAAACAUGGCCCCUGGUGUUACACCAAUCCAAAUAAUCGUUUGGUCUGGGACUACUGCAAGCUGAAGCACUGUGAAUCAGCUACAGUGGCUCCUCAAGCAAACCAAACUGUUAGUAGGCCCAAGAUCUCGUGUUUUGUGCAUAUAAACACCAGGAUUGUUGGAGGUCACCAAAUGCGAGGCACAGAUGGCAGCUGGGUUGUAAGCAUCCAAAGAGAGAAGGUUCAUAUGUGUGGGGGCUCGUUGAUCAGAGAAAACUGGGUUUUGACGGACCAGCAGUGCUUCACCUCCUGUGUUCCAGACCUCAGGGAAUACAGUGUGCAGGUUGGUCUGCGCCACCUCAAUGAGUCCUCAAAUCACCCAAGACUUCACAUCUCUCGCUUGAUCUGCGGCCCUGAAGGAUCCAACCUGGUUAUGCUGAAACUAGCUGAUCCUGCCCCUGUGUCUGAAGGUGCCUCUACCAUUCAUCUCCCAGUCAAAGAGUGUCACAUCCCUGAAGGCACCAACUGCACCAUGUACGGAUGGGGGGAAACCAAAAAUACAGGACGUAAUGAGGCGCUGAACUCUGUUACCAUGCCUAUGGUGGACAACGAAAUGUGCUCACAAAUCAAAGGGGAUGCUGGGGAGAGCAGAAUAUGUGCCGGGGGCAGGAGAGGGGAAGGCGUGUGUGAUAAAGACAACGGUGGCCCUCUGGUUUGCCAGGAACACGAGCGCAAAGUCAUCGUUGGCGUGAGCAUCCAAAGGACCAAAUGCGCCUCAUCACAGCCAGCACUUUUCGUGAACGUUGCCUUCUACUCCGAGUGGAUUUACAAAGUGUUCAGACUUUACCCCAAUUCUGAGAGGAACUAAUGGUUCGGUUAACAAAUCAACUCUACACAUGACUUCACCACAAACUGCAAGAAGGAAUUGGCAGCAAAUUCAGAGACUUUACCCAAGUAGGAAGAAAUUGGAAAUCGCCAAAUGGGAGGUUGCCAUUUUUGGGAUUUUCUGGCUGAAUUUCACAGAGGGGACAGACAUACGAGAUUGAAGCCUGGAUAAAGAAAUGGAAUAUCACCUUUUGUCCAAUUUUCAAAUGAAGACAUCCAGCUCUCUAGCCAUUAUAUCAUUAUACAAACCAAAGUCUUUGGCACAUGAAUACUUGUAGUAUUUUUGACAUGUUCAGAAUUUCUGAAGCCAUGCAACAAACAAAGACAAUGAGAAGGACUCUUUUGACUCAGUAUUAUCUCCUGGAAAAUACUUGAAAAUGGAAAGAACCCAGUUCUUUUUGGGGGGUUGCAGCAUGAGUAGUCCUAUGUGACUGGGGUUUCCUUUUUUAUGCCUUGAGCUGGACUGCAAACUAUCUUUUUAUGUCCAACACAGGGACGUGUAUGGAUUUAUAUUUGUUGAGGUCAACAAAGAUACUUAUGUGGUCAUACAUUUGUGGGAUUCCUACCAAAUAUCGCACCAAAAAUGAUGCGUUUUUUCUACCAAUGGAUCAAAAACGACCAUAAUUGUACUCGUAUCAGCAUGAAAACGUCAUUUGAAGACCCUAAUAUUUAGUACAGACACUUAAAUCCCAAUAAAAAAUGGUGAUUUACAUUA